UAUCAGUUAAACUUAGGGAGAAUAAACAAUUUUAUAAGAUAUCUGAUCGAAGCUGAAAUAUUGACAUUGUGUUGGCUUUCCACCGUAAUUGGUUUUGGUGGUGGCGAAAUAAUUAGGAUGUCGAACGGUGGAAAGGUGUCUUUCAAAGUCACUCUCACUUCCGAUCCAAAGCUACCCUUCAAAGUGUUCAGCGUUCCCGAAGCUGCACCUUUCACAGCCGUUCUCAAAUUUGCAGCCGAAGAAUUCAAGGUUCCUCCACAGACAAGCGCUAUUAUCACCAAUGAUGGUGUUGGGAUAAAUCCUCAACAGAGUGCAGGAAAUGUCUUCCUUAAGCAUGGUUCAGAGCUUCGUCUGAUUCCGCGUGAUAGAGUUGGUGCAUCUGAGAUGUUAUUAGAAGUCUGAGUUGACCACAUUAUCUAUCUAUCUAUCUAUUUUGACUGUUGUAGUUGAAUAAACACCAGUACUAUAUUGAUGUCCAUGUAAUAAACAAAAUUUCGUUAAUAAUGAAUAGCCUCCACCUCCUCCCAUAGCGAGUAUGUUUGUAAUGGAGGAUUGUGCAAGAUUAUUCAGCAAAUGACUUUGUAACGGAAAUAGGGGAAAAUAUAUCAUCUAGCUAUUCUCAAAGAUUAUAAUUUGAUCUGCAA